CGCCGUACGCGUACGGUACACGGGAGUACGUGCACGCGAACGCGUUCGGUUCACACGCGACCGCAGCCGACGCGACACGGAAGAACGGACGGCAAUACGGACGCGACCGCCGCCGACGCGACACGGACGCGACCUUUGACGCGACACGGUAGAACGGACGACAACACGGACCGGUGUGACCACUGAGGCCGUGCGCGUCUUACUAACCUUGCGGACCGCUGUUCGCGUACGACCGCCGACCGGGACGCGGUGCGACCGUUUCGAACGGCGCGUACCCAAUCGACCCCCGCGAGAUCGCCGACGCCCCGAUCUCGCGCGACCGUCCGGGCGCCGGUUCGCGCCAUGCCCGGCCGUCCGCCGAAACCCGAAAACCGUCGCCGCCGCCGUCGCCGCCGCAGCCGCCACCGCCCGCUGCCGCCGCCCCAGUGAUCCGCGAGACCGCCCGCGCACUACCCCCGUCGACCGCCGAUCGGUCGCGUACCGUUUCCCCGGACGGAAAUGACCGGCUCGAGAAAACGAUGAUGAAGCGGUCGCUGUUGGUCUUGUUGAUCGUCGUCGCGCAAGCCCUGCUGGGCCCGCGCAAAGUUGCAGGUAGUGUAAUGAAAAAAAAAGCCGACGAACAACUGCUGAAAACGUAUUUCGAAAACGCGCCGCAAAAUGUGUUCGCGUCCGCAGGCCAAAACAUCUUGCUGCCUUGCCGAGUGAGACAUUUGAACGACAAAGUGGUAUCGUGGAUACGAAUGCGUGAUUUACAUAUUCUUACUUCGGGACAACUUUUGUUCACCAACGAUUGUCGAUUUGGGAUUCAGCAUCCACUUAGAGACUCAGCUAUUUGGAACUUGCAGAUCAAGGAUGUAUCCCCUAAAGAUAUGGGUUCGUAUGAAUGUCAAGUAAACACCGAGCCAAAAAUCAAGUUUCUGGUUAAUCUCACUGUAUUUGAGUCUGACGUGAUGAUCGGUGACAUGGGAGAAGCCAAUGUUGACGGCGAGAACCAGACCGGCACCGACGAUGAUGAACAGCGCAAGAAAUCGUCGCGCUACGAGCCUCUGGAAAGACGCAUGACGCCCGGCGGAUCGAUCACGUUCACCUGCAGGAUCGGUCUGAUCGAUCAGGCCAGACAGAGUAUAUCGUGGUAUCACGACAACAAGCCCAUCUCGAUAUUGGACCGCAGAGGAAGUUUGAGCGUGGAGACGGACAGGUCGUCGAAUUACUUCGCCAGUCGACUGACCCUCGCCAGCGUAACCAGAUCGGACUCCGGUAAAUACACGUGCAAGUCGGGUAACAAGAACACCACCACGUUCACGUUGCACGUAAUACCGCCGGUAAAUGAAUUAGCUUUACAAGAUGGCCUGACGUCUAAUGCUUCACGGAAUUUUAAUUUCGUUUACGCUUUGCCCGUGGUAAUCAUUCACUUCAUCGCACGCUCAACUAUUGUGUUUUGACCGCUGGGACGAUGAACACAUAUAAUGAUUUGUAUAUACAUUUCACACGUUUUUGUAAUUACUUUUAAAUUAGUUUUCAAUAAGUUUUAUUUAUAAUUUAAAACCGUUACUUUCUCCUAUGUUACUCCGGGACUAUGUGUGUUUGAAGAAACCAAACAAGCAGAUACUAAGAAUCAAACAAUCAUAUACAUAUUAUACAUUUUAUAUCGAAUAAACACAAUGUAUGUUGUGCAAUAUUGUA